AUGUUUUCAAAUCAACCAAAAAUUAAAAAAACUAAUAAAAAACUUACAAAUAAUUAAGCAAUUGUAAAAAUAGAGUUUUAUCUUUCUUAAAUUCAAGCCAUUAAUUUAAGUAUCCAAAAAUUUGUUAUUUUAAAUUUAAAAAAUAAAAAUCAUGGCGUCCUAACCUGGGACAUCAUCAGGUUGCUUACUUCAAGAUGGAACAGCCAGGUAAGUAGUCUCUAAUUGUAACUCAAAAGAAAAAUUUAGGUAGGAAGGUCAGAUUCUAAUUACUUGGAUAAUAAUAUUUAGAGAAAAUUCCCCUGAUUGGACCGAAUAGGCCGGACGGGAAGGGAUAUUCGUAAAACUAAGCUGAAAAUGAAAUAAGGAUAACCUCAUGGAACAUGCAUAAUAUAAACAUGUUCGAGAACAGAGAGAGUGAUUAAAACUUGUGGAUAGUGAAGGAAAGGAAAUAAUAAGCUAUUGGAAAUAGCAGAUAAGACAUAUGGUAAAUGAUAAAGACUUGUUAGGAGAUACCAUAAGAAGAGAAGGUUGUCAAAUUUAUGAUACCUAGGUAUACAGAAUGAGACUUGGAUUACCAGACAAAAGUGGAUAACUUAAGAUGCACAGAUCAUAAAUAACAUUUCGAAUUGAUAAAACAUACAGCAAGAGUUGGAAGAAUAAAGGAAGGAUAAAUUGCAAAUGCACUAAAUGUGAAUAGAAUAGUGUAAUCAAGCUAUAAAAAAACACCAUCUGCUUAAAAAAACAAUCUUGUAGAAAUAUAAUAAAACUUGAAUGCUUUUGA